UCAGGGCCCAGGGGGCCCGGGAAAGCGGAGCCACAGAGAAAGCGCCUUAAUAAAGAGUCGUGUCAAGUGAUUGGCUGUGACCUCUGCCCUCCUAGCCUCGCGCCCGGGGCUCCAGCUUAACCCUUCGUUGUCCGUCCAGUGCUUGGGGAGGAAUGAAUGAGUUGCCUCGUGCUCGCUCACUUCAGGCGUCCCCAGGCACUAUUCGAACCCAGGGCUGAGUCAGGGGGUGGAGGACAGAGCGGUAUCCCCCAGUCGUCCAAAGGAACGCUUGAAUUCCAAGCUGUGCCACCGGAUUCAGUUCAGGCUCCAGUGGCGUCCGAGUCCGACUGCCAGUUGCAAGGCCCCAGUUACUGCUCUAGCGGGGUCUCCAGAUGUCUGGCGCCGAGCUGUCCAGAGCACCGAGUUUGGUAGAGGGCUAGUAGGAACUGGUGAAACGGGACCUGCAUUCGCCCUGCAGACCGUGAGACCGGAGCAUCCAUGACCAGGCGAGGCGUGCCCUGUUCUUGCCAGAGGCACAAACCUUGUGCUUGUCUUCUGACGCUUGCCCGUCCGCCUACUGUUGCGGGAGAAGGGUAUUUUGGCCCCUAGAGAACCCUAGACCCACCCACGUGCUUCUUAGAAGCAGGCGGGAUUCCGGAAAGGAUAGGGGUGAGGUGGCCACAGAGCAGGGCCCCCAGGUGGGGUGGAGGGCGGGGCGGGGGCGGGGCCGCCUCAUGCACCAGCUGGGUAUAAAAGCCUAGAGCUCCGGCGCCCAGCAGCUUUGCAAUUGUCUUCCACACGGCUCGGACUCCGUGUGGAAGGAUUAAUUCCUCAGAGGGGGCAACGAAGUAUCUUUGGGCUAAAGGACUCAGCGUCCAGUGCUCCAGCUGAGGAUCUAAAGAGAAAGCCACCUCACUGCCACCAUGCCUAACUUUUCUGGCAACUGGAAGAUCAUCCGAUCGGAAAACUUUGAGGAAUUGCUCAAAGCCCUGGGGGUGAAUAUGAUGCUGAGGAAGAUCGCUGUGGCUGCAGCAUCCAAGCCAACAGUAGAGAUCAAACAGGAGGGUGAGUCUUUCUACAUCAAAACCUCCACCACUGUUCGAACCACGGAGAUUAACUUCAAGAUUGGCGAGGAAUUUGAGGAGCAGACUGUGGAUGGGAGACCCUGUAAGAGUUUGGUAAAAUGGGAGAGUGAAAACAAAAUGGUCUGUGAGCAGAGGCUUCUGAAGGGAGAGGGCCCCAAGACCUCCUGGACCAGAGAACUGACCAAUGAUGGAGAGCUGAUACUGACCAUGACAGCAGACGACGUGGUGUGCACCAGGGUCUACGUCCGAGAGUGAGUGCUGCCAAGAGCUGCCAGAGACUUCUCUCCUCCCCACCCCAGGCCACUGAGCCUGUCUAUCUUACAAGCUAGCUGUCCCCUUACACCUGAGAGUCACUGCUUCCUCCAGGGCCCUUUGUUCUUUGCCUCCUCUAUGCCAGAAAGGGACAGACUACAAAAGCCCAGAACCCCUUCCACCAUCAUGUUCCCCUCCCCAGGUCAGCUCCACACCAGGGUCCUUCCUGGAGGAGACUCUCUCUGACCUCUAUCCUCGU